AUGCAAGCUCAAGAAGAGGACAAGCAAAAGGAAGCUCUCAGUGAGCUCGUUGACGCCCUCAAAAAGUAUCUCGAUCAAGUCAAAGGACCUUGGUUUUCGGGUGAGGAAUUCUCACUGGCGGAUAUCACCGUGGCUCCAUGGAUCAACCGUAUUUACAGGCUCGAAGAACACCGAGGAUUGACAGAUGAACUCGUUGGCGGGCGUUGGCCAGAGUACAAAAGACUCAUCAAAGAUCGAGCCAGUGUGCUCAAAACGACGUCGGAUCCACAGUAUUAUGAGGAGAUUUCCCAACGAUACCUGCGAAAUGAAGCUCAAUCCGAAGUUGCAAAGGCGACAAGAGCGGGAAAAGCAUUACCAUAG